AUCAAACACGUCCGAAAGCCAUACGCGCGCCCUGGGUAGAUGGCAGCCCUGGGCCAACGUGCCGAAAGCAGAUCUUUCCGACACGUUUCAAGUAGACUGCGCGAGUCUAAUCUUUUCUUAUUCGCAGCGAAUGGCCUCCGCGUGGUCACAGUGUAAAACGAGGCCGAAGGUAAAUGUGAAACGAGGACUGCUCUUGGUGCUACUGUAGUCGCUCUCUUCUUCCUCUUCAUCUUCAUCUUCAUCUUCGGCUCCAUCCUCGGCUUCGCCUCUCUGUUCCUCCGCUUCUUUGAGGUGGAUAUCGGCUAUGUAGCGGUUUUAGCGUAGAGAUGCUGGAGGGAGUGUGAGGUUGAAGGGGUUUGAACUCGGAAGAGUGUGUGGUACCCAAACAGUUCUAUGUAUAUGGUUCGUUUUCUUGGACCAAAUCGAUUGAAAAGGAUGGUGAAUAUGCUGGGAAGUUAUCAUGGCAUGAAAUAAUUGCAUAGCGUUGGAAACCAGAAAAUCUUGCAUCCCUGGUAGGGUUGGUUGAAGAUGGUGGAGGGUCCAAAGUUUGCUGGAAUUAUAGGAGGCCACAAUAACAACAAUGAUAACAACUUCUAUGAUUUAACUCAAGGGUUCUACCAAAAACUUGGCGAGGGUUCUAACAUGUCCAUAGAUAGUUUACGUACAAGCAAUGCUGGUGGAUCUGUCUCAAUGUCUGUGGACAAUAGUAGUGUUGGAUCAAAUGAUUCCCUUACUCAUAUCUUGAGCCACCCAGGUCUGCGACCCAUCACCCAUGAGUAUUCCAUAGGGCAUAGUGUCCUUCGCCCGGGAAAGGGCAAGGUUACCCAUGCUCUAAAUGAUGAUGCAUUGGCCCAAGCAUUGUUGGAUAGUAGGUACCCGACUGAGGGGCUUCAGAAUUAUGAUGAGUGGACAAUUGAUUUGAGGAAGCUUAGCAUUGGGAUGGCAUUUGCACAAGGUUCUUUUGGGAAGUUGUAUCGAGGAACAUAUAAUGGUGAAGAUGUGGCGAUUAAGUUAUUGGAGACACCAGAAAAUAGUCUUGAGAAGGCACUUGUGAUGGAACAGCAAUUCCAGCAGGAAGUGAUGAUGUUGGCAACACUCAAGCAUCCAAAUAUUGUUCGGUUUAUUGGUGCAUGCCACAAACCGAUGGUUUGGUGCAUUGUUACUGAGUAUGCAAAGGGAGGUUCUGUUAGGCAGUUCCUUAUGAAGAGACAGAAUCGAUCAGUGCCACUGAAACUAGCAGUGAAGCAGGCAUUGGAUGUUGCAAGGGGGAUGGCAUAUGUGCAUGGGCUUGGAUUCAUUCACAGGGACUUGAAGUCUGAUAAUCUUUUGAUUUCAGCUGAUAAGUCAAUAAAGAUAGCUGAUUUUGGGGUUGCACGGAUUGAGGUACAAACUGAGGGAAUGACUCCAGAGACAGGAACAUACCGCUGGAUGGCUCCAGAGAUGAUCCAGCACAGGCCCUACACACAAAAGGUAGACGUGUAUAGUUUCGGGAUUGUCCUGUGGGAGCUCAUCACUGGUUUGCUUCCCUUCCAAAACAUGACAGCGGUGCAGGCAGCAUUUGCCGUGGUGAACAAAGGCGUCAGGCCAAUUAUCCCACACGACUGUCUUCCUGUGCUUAGUGAGAUCAUGACUCGCUGCUGGGAUGCUAACCCUGAAGUCCGCCCACCCUUCACCGUCAUUGUUAGGAUGCUUGAGAAUGCAGAGACAGAGAUAAUGACCACCGUGCGCAAGGCACGCUUCAGGUGUUGCAUCUCCCAACCAAUGACUACGGACUGAUACAGAAUAGAGGACAGGAGGAACAAAUGUUUCUUUAGUAUUGAAGAACAAAUACGUGGUUACUAUUAUGGAGUAUGUAAUUAUCAAUAUAUUUUUUUUUUUUUUUUUUUUUUCCAAGAUAGGGAAAUAAGGUCCUAAAAAUUGUUUUUUCAAGCAUUGUCUAUAUUUGUUGUAGUACUGACUAUGUGCUGAUGUUAGUUGUGGGACUUCUGGAGAGCAUUUACAUGUACCAUUCUGUGUUAGUAGUUCUGCCUCCUUGACUGGAAUUGCUGUUUUAGCUCUCAUGUUUUCUAGUCAACAAAAGGAGGUUCACUAUUAAUGCCAUUUUUAUGAGGUGUCC